GUAUUGUUGAAAAAUGGCGGACGCCGGUUCCGUAAUUAGAGUCAAGUUGGACUUGAGGUGCGCGAUUCCGCACCGCGACGCUCACAAUUUGGUGUGGAUCGUCGUUGAUAGAGCGGAGACAGCGACGAUCAAACAGUUAUCGAAGUUGAUAAGAACCAAGUACGGCGUUUCAAAGAAAAGCGAGCUCUACCUCGACGACGCGUGGCUGCCACCUGACGAGACCCUGCAGAUCUUGAGAGACAAAGAUACCGUGAGAGUUGUUACUCCUGCCCAGCAGCCAUCAAACUCCGACUCCCCUCCCGACGAGGACCCGGAUCCGACGACAGCAACAGAUAAACCUGCGGAGGAGAAGAAGAAGAAGAAGAGAAAGCGGGAACCCUCGGAGAGCACCGAUGCACCCGUGGUUGAAGCCGCUCAUGUUUCAAGCGCUGCCGGGCGCAACCCAUCCACUUCGUCGGCGUCAACACCGAAACAGGGUGCAACGCCAUGUUUUCCGGCAGCACAGCUGCAGAGCACACCCUCAUUCCAGUACGAGCCAAUCUGUUCAACCCCGCAGGAUCUGAGCGUGGGGAGCACGCCAGGAUGGCCCGUGCCGACUCCAGACCCCAGCCUUGCGGGAUCUGUGAGCCCCGCCAAGAAGAAGCGUAGGCCGAGGCGCAAGAAGAAGAAGCCUGACGAAGUAGGAGCGCAAGACGCCGCGUCGCCAAGCUUGCCACCACCAGCUCCAGUCUGUGUUCCUCUAAAGCCAGCUCAUCCAGACUUGUCAAGCGGAAAGCAUCUUCGUUUCGAUGGCGACACGUCGGAUGGAGAGGAGGAGGAAGUAGCUCCUCAGCAGAAUGCACUGUGCAUGGUUGUUGAAGAACAACAGCCUUGCGCAGUUAAUGCGGCUGCACCAACAAAGGGUGCCGAGCAGGAGAGUCAGCCUCCGCUCACAAAUGGUCAAACAUCGUGGGUACCGCUUGAAGCCACCGGCUAUAGUCCUCCCCCUGCUGAAGUUUCCACGCCGAAAGCCAAGAUUCAAAAGUUGGUGGAGGACCACAAGGCACCAUCGAGUGCCGACUGUACGGACGGCUCAUCCAGACAAGUCAAGGACUACUCAAAUUACCCGCCGCUCAAGGUGCCGCCUAAGGUGGGAGACGUCAUAGCAUUCAAGAUACUGGAACUGGAUGCCAACUAUUGUCCCAACGUGUCCGACUACAAGGAAGGAAAGGUCCUACAACACAACCCUGUGAGCGAUUUUGUGCGCAUUGAACUGAGACAAGCCGAAGCCAAGAAGACAUAUGGUGGCAAGUUUGAACUUGAGGUGCCCGAAGAAGGAAUGCCUCCGAUGGAAAAAGUGGUUUCGCUAUUGUGGACUGAGCUCCUUGAACCUGUCGUCCUGCCAUCAUGAAGUGCAAGACUCUCUUAAUGCAUCAAUAAAGCAGUUCAGAAGAU